AUGGCAAAAAAGAGUAAAAAAAUAGUCUCCAACAGAGGGUUCGCUACAGUGUCAGCACCUUCCAAAAAGACAAUUCCAGAAAAGAAUGUCAAUCAACCAGAACCAGAACCUGAACCAGAACAGCAAAAACGAGAAGAACCACCAAAAACAGAACCACCAGAAUCAUUAGAUCCUCAGCCUCAUCACGAUCCAACAAACCAACUGAUCGAUUCUAAUCUCAACGAACGAAAGGCACUCAGAAUCCUCGAUCGCAUCUCAGUUGCAGAUCAAGAACCAUUCGAACAGAACUUUGGUUUCGGAAUCCCAGCAACCAUUGAACAUGAAUUAUUAAAGACAAGUCAACGCGACAAAGCUACAUUUGGUCGUUGCGGAUCUCAUCCGAACGAUGCAAAAAUGAUUGGACAAUUGGAUGUCUUGUAUCGUGUCCUACAAAAGCUGAGCUUUGAUGUGACUGACAUUGAACGAUCAUUUGAAGCAACUUUCGCAUUGACCAUUGAAGAGCAUCUGGAUUGGUUGUGUGUCAAUGUACCUUAUGAACGUAUGCCACUCGGAUUCUUUGACAAGUACUUUAAUGAACAAGAUACUGCCAUUUCUGUUGGCUAUCGAAAGACAAAAGAGUCAUCCGAUUCAACCAAAUCAACCGAAUCGACCGAAUCAAUACGUCAGGUUGAAUCCAACCCAGAACAUGAAGAGGAACAAUCGAUCAAUGAGAAAUACGCCACAUUGAUGGUCGAGCUAUCCAGUCUUGAAAAACAAAUCCCUGACAAGAAAUCAAAAAAGAAAAAAGGCAACAACAAAAGGUCCUCGGACGAACAGCAACAAGAGCUGUCCGAGUACGAAAUCCAGAACAUCAAACGAAAGAUCUCAAAUAUCCAACAGUCUCUCAAACACCUUGAAACCGAUUGGGAAUUCGACAAGCAAAAGGCAAACGAAUUGUUUAUCGAUCAUAUGAAAAAAGCACACAAACCAAACGAACCUACAGUCGAACCAACCAGUGUUCCUGAAUCCACAAAAGACUUGGAUAAAGAAACAUCCUUGAAGGAUGACAAUAGUAAAAAUAUUAAUGACGACCAUAAUGACAAUGAUGACGAUUAUGAUGAUGAUACUAUGUUUGGUGGAAUGAUGGAAGACAUGGAAAACAUGGAAAACGCCAGUCCUGGUCCAUCAGCCGUAACAACCUCUGUCAAAUGGGAAAUCUUAGAUCUAAGUUGUCCAAAAUGGAAAGGAAAGAUGCCAAAGGAUCUACUCCAUGACUAUGAGAAAAAACUCUCUUUCGGAAAACAAUCGUACUCUUCUAAAACAGAAGGCGCAGGUCUCUGGCGCUCAACGGUAACCAUCUCACCAAAGAAAUCAUCUGGAGAGACCACAAAAUUCGAACUCCCACCAGGACUCGGUGCAUCUAACAAGCAAGAAGCCGAGCAAUUAGUAGCCACUGCUGCGUUAUUCAAAUUGGACCCUGAAGCUUCUAUUUUCCAAGUAAUGCCACUUCCUUAUAAGGACAGAUGGUUAGUCUGGAAAGAAGAAAAGAGAUUAGAAGAAGAGAAACCAAAGUUGGAAGCAGCCAAGAAACGAUUAGAUUUUCUUACAAAUCUCUUGGAUCAAUCUCAAAAUAACAAGGAUAUUAUUUCCAAUGGGCCAGUCGGGAGUGAAGAAAAGAUCGACAAGAGCAUCUCUGAUAAUUAUACCCCAAAAGAUACCUCUCCCAAACGUCGUGUAUUUAGCAAAGUCCAGCAUUCUUUUGAGAAGCGCCUAAAGACCAAUGCCUACGCCAACAUGAAAAGAAAACGAAGUGAAUUGCCUAUUGCUGCAUAUAGAGAAGACAUCCUUCAGUUGGUACAAGACAACCAGGUUAUUAUCAUUUCAGGUGAAACUGGAUGUGGCAAGAGUACUCAGGUACCUCAAUUCCUUGCCGAAAGUUUACUUCAAGACUUUACACGCUUUGGAUCCGUAGUUUGUACACAGCCCCGUAGAAUUUCGGCAAUGUCCAUCGCACACCGUGUUUCUGUAGAAAUGGGUGAUCGACCAAGAGCAACAGGUACUCCUGAAGCCAUGGUUGGUUACCAGAUUCGUUUGGAGAGUAAAGUCUCACCUGAAAACGUGCUUGUAUUCUGCACCACGGGUAUUUUAUUACGUCGAUUGGAAAGUGACAAGAACCUUGAAGGCGUUACGCAUGUGAUUGUUGAUGAAGUACACGAGCGGACCAUCGAAAGUGAUUUCUUGCUAAUCAUCUUACGCCGUUUGUGCCACGCUCGCCCUGACCUUAGAGUUAUUCUGAUGAGUGCCACUGUUGAAGCCAAUCGUUUUUCUUCUUAUUUUGGUCAUUGUCCGGUUGUGUCUGUCCCAGGAAGAACAUUCCCUGUUCAUGUAAGAUAUCUUGAAGAUGUAAUUGAAUCCACAGGUUAUGUAUUGGAAGCAGAUUCACAUUAUGCUCUUCGAAGCACAAGAGUACGACAAGAUCAGGGAAGUGUAGCCGUGUCAGGAAAACAUGGAAACUCUCAGCGUGUACGUAUCGAAUGGUACGAGGAUUCAGACGAUGAUGAUCCAUAUGAUCCUACUCGCGUCGAGUCCAAGCUUAAUGUAAUCUCGAAUCCAAACGAAAUCGAAGACGGAACCGAAACCGAAAAUGAAGGAGCAGGAGCAGAGGGCGAUAGACUCGGACAACCAAAAAUCAAAUACUCUAAACAGACAGCAAAGAUGAUGCGUAGAAUGGACGAAAGCAAGAUCAACUAUGACAUUAUGGUUGAGCUACUAGAAUACAUCUGUAUCGAAUCUCACGCGAAUAGUAACAGCGAGGUGCCUAGUACAGGUGCAAUUCUUGUCUUCCUUCCCGGUAUGCCCGAAAUCCGCAAGGUGUACGAUCUGGUCUCAAGUCACAGUCAGCUGGGAGAUCCCCAGAAAUUCUUGCUGAUUGCCUUGCACUCUGCCCUGUCUUCGGAACACCAAGAGCGUGCAUUUGACAUCCCUCCUGAUGGCAUCCGAAAGAUCGUUCUCUCAACAAAUAUUGCCGAAACAGGUGUGACCAUCAGUGAUGUAACCGUAGUAGUAGACACUGGCAUGGCCAAAGUAAAAAAGAUCACCAGAUUGCGACAGACCUUUGUGGCCAAAGCAAAUGCACGCCAAAGACGCGGAAGAGCAGGUCGUGUUCAAGAAGGCAUAUGUUUCCACAUGUUUUCUCAGCACAGAUAUGAGCUUAUGGCAAAUUAUGAAACCCCUGAGAUCCUUAGGCUACCUUUAGAAGAACUCUGUUUGAGAAUCAAGGUGUGCGGGCUUGGUUCUAUUCGUGAUGUGCUUGAUUCGGCACUUGAUGCACCUUCAAAGACUAUGAUCGAUAACGCUGUUCAAACCCUGCAAGAUGUUCAAGCAUUAUCUGUGGAUGGUGUAGAAACACUGACGCCUUUGGGCGUUCAUCUUUCAAAUCUACCUGUUGACGUGCAUGUUGGAAAGAUGAUUCUAUUUGGUGCCAUUUUCCAGUGCUUGGAUCCAGUGCUUACAAUUGCGGCCUCCCUGAGUUUCAAGAGUCCGUUUGUGCGUCCUUUUGGAAAGGAAAGUGAAGCAGAUACUGCCCGGAUGCGCUUCCAACAUGCUGAUUCUGACUUUUGGACAAUUUAUAUGGCGUACAAGGCUUGGCGUGCAAAACUACUGCAGGUUCAAGGAAAACCUGGUUGGAUUCGCCAGAUGCGUGAGUUCUGCAGCACUCACUUCCUUAGCCAGCAGAACCUGGAGAUGAUCGAAGACAUGAAGAGACAGUACCUUGGCCUAUUGAUCAGCAUCGGCUUUGUGGACCCAAAAAAGACCUCAAGCAACCCUCUUGACGAAAGCACCGGGUCGGAUUUUGACUUGAAGAAGUCUUUCAAACUAUGCCAGAUUCCGGCAGCCUACAAUACCUAUGCGGAUUCGAUUCCUGUCGUAAAUGCAGCCAUCGUGGCAGGCUUGUACCCUAAAGUAGCGGCCCGUGCACGCGACACGGGGCUAUUUAUGACCGAUAAGCUUGGAAUGCACACACAUCCGUCCUCAACUCUGUUUGGCCGCGAAAAGCAGCUCAAAUCGGAAUUCCUGGUUUAUAAUACGAUUGUCAUGAGCAACGAUAAAGUUUAUUUGUGGGAAGCUUCUUCGGUGGACUCGGUAGCCAUUAUGUUAUUUGCCACACGUAUGGAGAUCAAGCAUAAAUUAAGACAGGUUGUGUUGGAUAAUUGGAUUUACUUCAAAUGCUUUGCCAGAUCUGCAGUUUUGAUCAAAUUCUUAAGAAAUGAAUUGAAUAAUUUGUUGACAGCCAAGAUGGAUCAUCCUGAAAUUGACCUUACUGAUAUUGAUCGAGAUAUCAUGUCUGUCAUGGUAAAAACACUCGAAACAAGAGUAUAAAUAAUUGAAACAAAACAAAAUCGAAAAUGAAAAUAUGUUAUUAAAGUAUUAUUAAUAUAAUUAUUAUGAUUGUGCUUUAUAUAAGCAAAAAUACAAAAUAUAAACAGACAAGAUAGACGCAGAC